GAAUCGAGGGAAUGCUGCAGCCUCCUGAUGAAUUUAAUAGAAUUACAUUGAACAAAGGUAAGUUACAAAGAGAUGGUGCAAUAAAGGCACUGGGUGUACCUAGUUUAGAGAAUAUCUUGAAUAGCAUUUCGAUUUAAGCAUCUCCAUAAAAGAGAAUUUCUUUCAUAACUACUUAAUAGAAUACACAACCCAAUGACCAUAUAUCUACAGACACUUGAUACUUGCAAGAUUAUAACCAAUACAAUUUACAUUAUCGCAACCCAAUAAAUUUUCAGGUGGUCUGAAGUGCAAAGUGAUGACUUCAUAAGAAUGCUUUUCACAAUUAGAAUUGAAAUUUCUACAUUGUCCGAAAUUCAUUCUGGCUAUACCGAAGUCACUUAUAAACACAUUUUGGUUUUCAUCAACAAGAAUAUUCAAAGGUUUCAAAUCUCUAUGCAUGAAACCCAAUUUGUGGAUGUUGUACACUCCAAGCAGAAGUUGCUUGAAAAUCUUUUUAUAAUCGAUUUCAUCAUUCUUUUUAAUGUGUUCAUAAAGAUUAUAAGGAUAAAAUGGUAAAACAAUAUAAACACAUCCAUUUUCAAAGAUUACUUUUUACAAAGGAACUAUGUGAUUUUGCCCCUUUAAAGAGCUGAGGGCAGCUAUUUCCCUAUAACUAAAUAUGCAACUAUUACCUGAU